UGAUUUUGACCGCUAGAAAGUAUCAAUGGACUUAAAAAAAUCUCAAAAAACGCGCACGUGUUUAGGACAUACAUUCAUAUGGAAGUUUUUCUCUUUAGAAUAGGUGCAAGAAUUGUCCCUUUAAAUAUUAGCAUGUCAUUAAGGAACACCCUGUAUAUUAGAAUAAGAUACCAAACAAUUCUAUCGGUGUUUGCUGCCUGGGAAAAUGUAACGAAAAUCUUCACUGCCUCCUGGACUAGAGCAUUUUAUCAGCCCUAUAAUUAGAGCGCUCGUAGCGCCUAUGCUAUCCAAAUAUCAUUUUGUCCAUCAAACUUGCCAAUACACAUAGGGAUUUAUCUCUAGUCGGUAGCUACAUCAUCAAACGAACCGUAUAUUAAUUAUAAAUUAACACAUUCAGUCUGGCGUUUAGUUCUUACUGUUGUGUCGUCCAGACAGCAAGUAUUUUUUUUUUCAGAUAACCCGAAUUGUUUGAGGAGUAAACGUGAUCAUUUAGCUCCAAUUUUUAUAGGCUGUGAUAAUUUAAAAAGGAAUCUAAUACUUUAGUGAUUAAUUAGUUAUCUAAUAUCAAGAAAGUUCGAUUCGGAAAAGUCGUUAGAGAAAUUGUAAUGUCGGGAAGUGAAUGCCUGGUCGGUGUUGGUGUAGAAAAUUUGAAAACUUCUUCGAUCCCAGCUGGCGAAAGCAGUUCUUUGGCUUGUCAGUUCCUAAAAAGUAGUCAUUCACAAAGAUGGGAAUUAAUCAUCUACUGUUAGCAAUGGCGCUUUUCAACCUCGUUGUGUCAACACGCUCAAUGGACGAUAGUAUUUCGCAGAUUUUGCAGGAGCAAAAGAAAAGGUAUUGUGGUAAAUUCCUAGCCGAUACAUUGGCCACAUUGUGUAAAGGGAACUACCAAACCAUCAUACCGGGUUCCGCUUCUACAAGGUCAUACCCGUUCCAAAGUCGUUCACUGUCAACAUCGAUGCUGGGCAGCUUGCGGAGAAAACGGAGAAAAAGAGGUGUUUACAACGAAUGUUGUGAGCAUACUUGUAGUAAGGAACAAUUAUCUUUGUACUGUGCGGCUGACAAUUCCUCUAGCUGAGACAAAGAUUGACAGAGAAUUAGCUAAAAAAUUCUCUUUAAGAAGAAAUAUAUCAAAAAUAAUAAGAGACAGAGGUAAAAUGAACUGCAAACUUAUUAUGAUCUUAGAAGGAAUUACUAUUGUUUGAAUUGAGUUUGAAUGAACCGAAGUUUCGAGAACCUAUUUAGUUGGUUUUUAUUUAUUGGUCGUUUUAUAUACAGUAGGGUGUCCGUUAUUUACAAAGUUCAUUUCUCU